ACCAUUUUGGCAUUUGAUUUGAAUCUCGAAACUUUUAGUGAGAUAUUGCUUCCAGACUGUGUACAAAAAAGCAAUAAUCGAGACAUUGCUUUGGGAGUUUUGUCCCGAAAGCUUUGUGUGAUAUCCUGCAUUCGUGAGCAGGGUGAAAGGUGUGAGGUGUGGGUGAUGGAUAAGUAUAAGGUGGAUAGUUCGUGGAUGAAACUACAUGUGUUGUCCGGGUAUAGUGCUAUUAUUCCAAUUGGGUUCACUUUGAACAACAAGUUCCUUUUCGGACAUGAUGCUACUCUAGCUCUGUACGAUCCAAAUGCAGCCGCUUCUAAACUGUUUAAGGCUACCAAACCAGUUUACUCUUCAACCAAAGUUGCUCUGUAUGUUGACAGUCUCGUCUGGCCCGUACCAGCACGCAACGUGAUUGCAAGGAAUUAAGCAAUAAUAUAUUUACUAUAUGGAAAGACAAAGUAAACAGGAUGUGGUCAUUAUCUUCACCUGGGAAAGUCCAACCAUGUGUUAACCUUGUCGUACUUCACUCAUGUUUUAUUUCGUCUGUCAAUAUUGCAAAGUAUAUCGCGUUUAUAAAU